UCAAAUAAAUAAAUAACCUCCGCACCAAUAAGAGAGGCAGCGGCUGCCGAGAAGGCUGGGAUCGGAUGGGAGAGGUCCUUCUUUGGCUCUAUUUGUUUGUUUGUGACUGGAGCUGCAAAGUUCAGAGCCAAACGUGUUGCUUUCCGGAGGCGGCGACCGCCCCGCUUCACCUGCUCCGCUGACGGGUGCCCGCCCGGGGCGGCCCCGCUGCUCUGCGGGCCCUCCGCCCGGCAUCCUGCCCGCCGCCGGGGCCGACGGACGGCACAGGAGCGCGGGGCUGUGUCUCUCGCCUGCCCGCCUUCCCCUCCGCGCCUGCCGGAGGGCAACGGACAGGUGUAGCUACAGAAAGAUAGAAAAUUGAUCACAGUAACAGAACAUGCUCUGGAUUUUCUUCUGAUGUGCAGACUACACUGACUGAAAUAUUGAAUCCUUUUGCAACGCCACAUUCCUGUAAAUAUCCCCUUUCAACAGACUGGCAAAAGAAACUGCAAGAGACUUCAAAGGCUGUCAACAAUAAACUAAAGAGGAUAGAAGAGCAUCUGCAGAUAUCUAUGGACUGUGCAGAUACCCUGGAUUCCUCUCGUCUAGGAUCAUUAUGAAAACAUCUGAACAGCAAUAACUUCAAACUAUAGCUUCAUGCCUUCAUUGAGACCAUAGAUUCUACUGCCAGGAAGUAACAAUGGCGGCAAAAUUGCAUUCCAUUGAUUGAAAAGAGCAUUAUCUCUGCUAUCAAGACUGUUCAGAACCACAUACACAUUUAUAGCAGAGCUGGGACUGUGAGACUACGCCAACCUUUCCCUUGUGUAAUGUCAAUGUCGGCUAUCACUUUGGCAGAAUCACCCAGCUCAGUGAAGACAGAAAACCCCUCCCUUCCUCCUGUUUUUUCAUCUGCUGGUGGCAUUCCAAGUGACCUUCCCUCAUAAAUAUUGGUAUCCACUUUGGCCCGGCAUCAGUAGAGACGCAGGCGUACCCGCGCCCCCACGUCAAAAGCGUCAGUGGACCCUCCACUUUCCCCGUUUCUGGAAACCUUACGGUCACUGGUGGAUGCUGCUCACUCAGGUGUAAUGACUACUCUUCUGAGAUGAGCUCUUAAUUAAUGCACAGAGAUCCUGAAAGUCCCACCUCUCAACAGUCAUGAUUGACAUCCGAGGAUACAAAAACUGCACUAAUUGAGCUUUCCAUUUAUACACUUUUCUGCAGCCAGCUCAUCAGAAAAGGUUCCUGGCUCAUUAGAGAUCCACUCACAUGGGAAGCUGAAGGAGGCUAUUGCAAGGUGAAAGAAAGUCUGUGAGACAUUGACAACAAUCAGGCAACUGUUUCUUUAACUUUAGAGGUGAAUGUAAGCUGAAUGUAGAGAAGACUUCCAAAUAAGCUGGACUGAUGUGCGCAGAGAAGGAAUGAAGUAUGGAUGUGAAGGAACGUAGGCCUUAUUGCUCCCUGACAAAGAGCAGACGGGACAAGGAACGUCGCUAUACAAAUUCUUCUGCAGAAAAUGAGGAGUGCAGAGUGCCUACCCAGAAGUCUUACAGCUCCAGUGAAACCUUGAAAGCUUUUGAUCAUGAUUCCUCUAGGUUGCUGUAUGGAAACCGGGUAAAAGAUUUGGUCCACAGAGAAGCAGAUGAGUAUACCAGACAAGGACAGAAUUUUACCCUAAGGCAGUUAGGAGUUUGUGAACCAGCAGCUCGUCGAGGACUGGCAUUUUGUGCGGAAAUGGGGCUCCCCCACAGAGGUUACUCUAUCAGUGCAGGGUCAGAUGCUGAUACUGAAAAUGAAGGAGUGAUGUCUCCAGAGCAUGCCAUGAGACUUUGGGGCAGGGGGGUCAAAUCAGGGCGCAGUUCCUGUCUGUCGAGCCGUUCCAACUCAGCCCUCACUCUGACUGAUACCGAACAUGAAAACAAGUCCGACAGUGAAAAUGGUCCUCCCAUGCCAUCCUCCUCAUCUAGUCCAUCAGUUACUGAACAUUUACACUCCCCUCCUCCAUCACCCAAUCUCCAUGACAACCAGAGGUGGUUAUUAAGUAAUAAUGGCAGCCAGCCAGUUCAGGACUCUGAUACAGAUGAGGACUAUACUGCCGGCUCAUAUCUAGUACAGACCGGUGAUAACCCAGUAUCUGUCCCAGGUCAUGAACAACCUCCAAAUAACCAAGGCCAGUCAACCCUGCAGCCUUUGCCACCUUCUCACAAGCAACAUUCAGCACAGCAUCACCCAUCCAUCACCUCACUGAACAGAAACUCGCUGACAAAUAGGAGGAAUCAGAGUCCGGCCCCGCCGGCUGCUUUGCCCGCCGAGCUGCAAACCACGCCUGAGUCAGUCCAGCUGCAGGACAGCUGGGUGCUUGGCAGUAAUGCACCACUGGAAAGCAGGCAUUUCCUAUUCAAAACAGGAACAGGGACCACACCGCUGUUCAGUACUGCAACACCAGGGUACACAAUGGCAUCCGGAUCUGUUUAUUCCCCUCCUACUCGGCCACUACCUAGGAACACUCUAUCCAGAAGUGCUUUUAAAUUCAAGAAGUCUUCGAAGUACUGUAGCUGGAAAUGUACUGCACUCUGUGCCGUAGGGGUCUCAGUGCUGCUGGCAAUACUGCUGUCCUACUUCAUAGCAAUGCAUCUGUUUGGCCUCAACUGGCAGUUGCAGCAGACUGAAAAUGAUACAUUUGAGAAUGGAAAAGUGAAUUCUGAUACUUUGCCAACACAUCCUGUAACAGUUCCUGCUGGAGACGGUGGAAAACUAGGAGGAUUUGCACAAGAGAACAACACUAUAGAUUCUGGAGAACUUGAUAUAGGCCGAAGAGCGAUACAAGAAGUGCCCCCUGGGAUAUUUUGGAGAUCACAACUCUUCAUUGAUCAGCCACAAUUUCUAAAAUUCAAUAUAUCCCUUCAGAAAGAUGCAUUGAUUGGAGUAUAUGGUCGAAAAGGUUUACCACCUUCACACACUCAGUAUGACUUUGUGGAGCUCCUGGAUGGCAGCCGGCUGAUUGCAAGGGAGCAACGCAACCUGCUGGAGUCGGAGCGAGCUGGACGGCAGGCGAGGUCUGUCAGUCUCCACGAGGCAGGUUUUAUCCAGUAUUUGGAUUCUGGCAUCUGGCACCUGGCCUUUUAUAAUGAUGGGAAAAACGCAGAGCAGGUGUCUUUUAAUACCAUAAUUAUAGAGUCUGUGGUGGAAUGCCCCCGAAAUUGCCAUGGUAACGGUGAAUGUGUUUCUGGAUCCUGCCAUUGUUUUCCUGGGUUUCUGGGCCCCGACUGUUCGAGAGCAGCCUGCCCGGUGCUGUGCAGUGGCAAUGGGCAGUACUCCAAAGGACGCUGCCUGUGCUACAGUGGCUGGAAGGGCACCGAGUGUGACGUGCCUACGAGUCAGUGCAUCGACCCUCAGUGUGGGGGACGGGGCAUUUGCAUCAUGGGCUCUUGUGCCUGCAACUCUGGCUACAAAGGAGAAAACUGUGAAGAAGCGGAUUGCUUGGACCCAGCCUGCUCCAGCCAUGGUGUGUGCAUCCACGGUGAGUGCCACUGCAACCCGGGCUGGGGUGGCAACAACUGUGAAAUCCUGAAGACAAUGUGCUCUGACCAGUGCUCUGGUCAUGGCACCUACCUUCAAGAGAGUGGUAGCUGCACCUGUGACCCCAACUGGACAGGUCCAGAUUGCUCCAAUGAGAUCUGCUCGGCGGACUGCGGCACGCACGGCGUGUGCAUGGGCGGCACGUGUCGCUGCGAGGAGGGCUGGACGGGCGCAGCCUGCAACCAGCGGGCCUGCCACCCCCGCUGCGCCGAGCACGGCACCUGUAAGGACGGCAAGUGUGAAUGUAGCCAGGGAUGGAACGGAGAGCACUGUACCAUUGAGGGCUGCCCUGGUUUGUGCAACAGCAAUGGGAGAUGCACACUGGACCAAAAUGGCUGGCACUGUGUCUGCCAGCCGGGAUGGAGGGGAGCAGGCUGUGACGUAGCUAUGGAAACUCUCUGCACUGACAGUAAGGACAAUGAAGGAGAUGGGCUAGUUGACUGUAUGGAUCCUGACUGCUGUUUGCAGAGCUCUUGCCAAAACCAGCCUUAUUGUCGUGGACUGCCUGAUCCCCAAGAUAUCAUCAGCCAAAGCCAGCAGUCACCAUCUCAGCAAGCUGCUAAAGCGUUUUACGACCGCAUCAGCUUCCUCAUCGGAGCAGACAGCACCCAUGUCAUACCUGGGGAAAGCCCUUUCAAUAAGAGUCUUGCAUCUGUCAUAAGAGGCCAGGUAUUAACUGCUGAUGGAACACCACUCAUUGGAGUCAAUGUUUCCUUCCUACACUAUCCAGACUACGGAUAUACAAUCACUCGCCAGGAUGGAAUGUUUGACUUGGUAGCAAAUGGUGGUGCCUCUCUGACACUGGUGUUUGAGCGAUCACCGUUCCUGACACAGUAUCACACAGUGUGGAUUCCCUGGAAUGUCUUUUAUGUCAUGGAUACCCUUGUCAUGAAGAAGGAAGAGAAUGACAUUCCCAGCUGUGAUCUAAGUGGAUUUGUAAGGCCAAACCCUGUUAUUGUGUCAUCACCUUUAUCCACUUUCUUCAGAAUUUCUCCUGAAGAUAGUCCUAUCAUCCCAGAGACACAGGUACUUCAUGAAGAAACGACAAUACCAGGAACUGAUUUGAAGUUAUCAUACUUGAGCUCCAGGGCUGCAGGAUAUAAAUCUGUACUGAAGAUUACUAUGACCCAGUCUAUCAUACCAUUUAAUUUAAUGAAGGUUCAUCUUAUGGUGGCAGUGGUCGGAAGACUUUUCCAAAAAUGGUUCCCUGCAUCCCCAAAUCUAUCAUACACCUUCAUAUGGGAUAAAACUGAUGCAUAUAAUCAGAGGGUCUAUGGAUUAUCUGAAGCUGUUGUGUCUGUAGGUUACGAGUACGAGUCUUGCUUGGACCUAACUCUCUGGGAAAAGCGGACUGCCAUUUUGCAGGGUUAUGAACUGGAUGCCUCCAACAUGGGUGGUUGGACACUGGAUAAGCAUCAUGUACUGGAUGUUCAGAAUGGAAUCCUCUACAAAGGCAAUGGUGAAAAUCAAUUUAUAUCUCAGCAACCCCCAGUCGUUAGCAGCAUUAUGGGCAACGGGAGGCGCCGCAGCAUCUCCUGUCCGAGCUGCAAUGGUCAAGCUGACGGUAACAAAUUGCUGGCUCCGGUGGCCUUGGCGUGUGGGAUAGACGGCAGUCUGUACGUGGGGGAUUUUAACUACGUCCGGCGCAUAUUCCCCUCUGGAAAUGUAACUAGUGUUCUGGAGCUAAGCAACAACCCAGCUCACAGGUACUACCUCGCUACUGACCCCGUGACGGGAGAUUUGUACGUUUCCGACACAAACACACGCAGGAUUUAUCGGCCCAAGUCGCUCACUGGUGCAAAAGACCUGACCAAAAAUGUUGAGGUGAUAGGAGGAACAGGGGAGCAGUGCCUGCCGUUCGAUGAGGCAAGGUGUGGUGAUGGAGGCAAGGCGGUGGAGGCAACUCUCAUGAGCCCCAAAGGAAUAGCAAUAGACAAGAAUGGGUUAAUCUACUUUGUUGAUGGGACCAUGAUCAGAAAAGUGGAUCAGAAUGGAAUAAUAUCGACUUUGCUUGGCUCCAAUGACCUCACCUCAGCACGACCUCUAACCUGUGAUACCAGCAUGCACAUCAGCCAGGUUCGUCUGGAAUGGCCUACAGAUUUAGCUAUCAACCCAAUGGAUAACUCCAUUUAUGUUUUGGACAAUAACGUGGUUCUGCAGAUCACUGAGAACCGCCAGGUGCGCAUUGCUGCCGGGAGGCCGAUGCACUGCCAGGUUCCCGGUGUGGAGUACGCGGUGGGCAAACACGCCGUCCAGACCACGCUGGAGUCAGCCACCGCCAUCGCCGUGUCCUACAGCGGGGUGCUCUACAUUACAGAAACUGACGAGAAAAAGAUAAACAGGAUAAGGCAGGUCACCACUGAUGGGGAGAUCUCUUUAGUUGCUGGAAUACCCUCAGAGUGUGAUUGCAAAAAUGAUGUUAACUGUGACUGUUACCAGAAUGGAGAUGGCUACGCUAAAGAUGCCAAACUUAAUGCCCCUUCCUCCUUAGCGGUGUCUCCAGAUGGCACCCUGUAUAUUGCUGAUCUGGGAAACAUUAGGAUACGGGCUGUGUCAAAGAACAAACCCUUAAUGAAUUCAAUGAACUUCUAUGAAGUUGCUUCUCCGACUGACCAAGAGCUAUAUAUCUUUGAUGUCAAUGGUACUCACCAGUACACUGUGAGUUUAGUCACCGGAGACUACCUGUACAACUUUAGCUACAGUAAUGACAAUGACAUUACUGCAGUAACGGACAGCAAUGGGAACACUCUUCGGAUCAGGCGGGAUCCCAACCGCAUGCCAGUAAGAGUGGUCUCUCCUGAUAACCAAGUCAUCUGGCUGACCAUAGGCACCAAUGGGUGUUUGAAAAGCAUGACUGCACAAGGGCAGGAGCUGGUCUUAUUUACCUACCAUGGCAACAGUGGACUUCUGGCAACUAAAAGCGAUGAGACUGGAUGGACCACUUUUUUUGACUACGAUAGCGAGGGCCGUCUAACAAACGUUACAUUCCCAACUGGAGUCGUCACUAACCUUCAUGGAGAAAUGGAAAGGGCCAUUACAGUGGACAUUGAGUCAUCCAGCAGAGAGGAAGAUGUCAGCAUCACUUCCAACUUAUCAUCAAUCGAUUCUUUCUAUACUAUGGUUCAAGAUCAGUUAAGAAACAGCUACCAGAUUGGUUAUGAUGGCUCCCUGAGAAUCCUGUACGCCAGCGGCCUGGACUCACACUACCAGACAGAACCGCACGUCUUGGCUGGCACUGCCAACCCAACCAUGGCAAAGAGAAACAUGACCCUCCCGGGGGAGAAUGGGCAGAACCUGGUGGAGUGGCGAUUCCGGAAGGAGCAGGCCCAAGGAAAAGUCAAUGUCUUUGGCCGAAAGCUUAGGGUUAAUGGCAGAAACCUCCUUUCAGUUGACUUUGAUCGAACCACAAAGACAGAAAAGAUCUACGAUGACCACCGUAAAUUCCUGCUGAGGAUUGCCUACGACACGUCAGGGCACCCCACGCUGUGGCUCCCGAGCAGCAAGCUGAUGGCUGUCAAUGUUACCUAUUCAUCCACAGGUCAAAUAGGCAGCAUUCAGCGAGGCACCACUAGUGAAAAAAUAGAGUAUGAUGGACAGGGAAGGAUAGUAUCUAGAGUGUUUGCUGAUGGGAAAACCUGGAGUUACACAUAUUUGGAAAAGUCAAUGGUUCUUCUGCUCCAUAGCCAACGGCAGUAUAUCUUCGAAUAUGAUUUGUUGGAUCGGCUUUCCGCUGUCACCAUGCCCAGUGUUGCUCGUCAUACCAUGCAGACUAUCCGCUCCAUCGGCUAUUACCGGAAUAUAUACAACCCCCCGGAAAGCAAUGCUUCUGUUAUAAUGGACUACAAUGAAGAAGGGCAGCUCCUUCAAACUGCUUUCCUGGGGACAAGCCGAAGAGUAUUAUUCAAGUACAGACGGCAGACCAAGCUCUCAGAAAUUUUAUAUGAUAGUACGAGAGUUAGUUUUACUUAUGAUGAGACAGCAGGAGUCCUGAAAACAGUAAACCUCCAAAGCGAUGGUUUUAUCUGCACCAUUAGAUACAGACAAAUCGGCCCGCUGAUUGACAGGCAGAUUUUCCGCUUCAGUGAAGACGGAAUGGUAAAUGCCCGAUUUGACUACAGCUAUGACAAUAGCUUCAGAGUGACUAGCAUGCAAGGUGUCAUCAAUGAAACCCCAUUGCCUAUUGACCUCUACCAGUUUGACGAUAUCUCUGGCAAAGUUGAACAGUUUGGAAAAUUUGGAGUUAUAUAUUAUGAUAUUAACCAGAUCAUUUCAACAGCUGUAAUGACGUACACAAAACACUUCGAUGCACAUGGACGCAUCAAGGAAAUUCAGUAUGAAAUAUUCCGGUCAUUAAUGUAUUGGAUUACAAUUCAGUAUGACAACAUGGGACGAGUGACGAAAAGAGAAAUUAAGAUUGGGCCAUUUGCCAACACCACAAAAUACGCUUACGAAUAUGAUGUAGAUGGUCAGCUCCAGACAGUUUAUCUGAAUGAAAAGAUAAUGUGGCGAUACAACUAUGACCUGAAUGGCAACCUGCACUUGCUCAACCCCAGCAGCAGCGCCCGUUUGACACCCCUUCGGUACGACCUGAGAGACAGAAUAACUCGAUUAGGAGAUGUACAGUACAGGUUAGAUGAAGACGGAUUUCUGCGUCAGAGGGGUACCGAAAUCUUUGAAUACAGUUCAAAGGGCCUUCUUACUCGAGUUUACAGCAAAGGCAGUGGGUGGACAGUGAUUUACCGCUAUGAUGGACUUGGACGACGAGUUUCCAGUAAAACUAGCCUUGGGCAGCAUCUCCAGUUCUUUUACGCAGACCUUACUUACCCAACCAGGAUAACUCAUGUAUAUAACCACUCAAGUUCUGAAAUCACAUCUCUGUACUAUGAUCUGCAAGGACACCUUUUUGCCAUGGAAAUUAGCAGUGGAGAUGAGUUUUACAUUGCAUCAGACAAUACAGGGACACCACUGGCUGUUUUCAGUAGCAAUGGUCUCAUGCUUAAACAAAUUCAAUACACUGCCUAUGGGGAGAUCUAUUUUGACUCUAACCUUGACUUCCAGCUGGUAAUUGGAUUCCAUGGGGGCUUAUAUGACCCGCUGACCAAACUAGUUCACUUUGGAGAAAGAGAUUAUGACAUACUGGCAGGCCGGUGGACAACACCUGAUAUUGAAAUCUGGAAGAGAAUUGGGAAGGAUCCAGCUCCUUUUAAUUUGUACAUGUUUAGAAAUAACAACCCAGCCAGUAAAAUACACGAUGUGAAGGAUUAUAUCACAGAUGUUAACAGCUGGCUGGUGACGUUUGGCUUUCAUCUGCACAAUGCCAUCCCUGGCUUCCCUGUUCCGAAAUUUGAUUUAACAGAACCUUCUUAUGAACUUGUGAAGAGCCAGCAAUGGGAAGACAUACCACCAAUUUCUGGAGUGCAACAACAAGUGGCGAGACAAGCAAAGGCUUUCCUUUCCCUGGGAAAGAUGGCAGAAGUGCAGGUCAGCAGACGGAAAUACAGUGGAGAAAAGUCGUGGCUGUGGUUUGCCACAGUGAAGUCUCUGAUUGGCAAAGGGGUGAUGCUUGCUGUCAAUCAAGGCAAAGUGCAAACAAAUGUGCUCAACAUUGCUAAUGAGGACUGCAUAAAAGUGGCAGCUGUUUUGAACAACGCUUACUACCUAGAAAACUUGCAUUUCACUGUGGAGGGAAAGGACACGCACUAUUUUAUCAAGACCACCUCCCCUGAGAGUGACCUUGGGACACUGAGGCUGACAAGUGGGCGUAAGGCCCUGGAGAAUGGCAUCAAUGUCACUGUUUCCCAGUCCACCACGGUGGUGAACGGCAGGACUCGGAGGUUUGCUGAUGUCGAAAUGCAAUACGGUGCUCUAGCGCUUCACGUCCGCUAUGGCAUGACACUCGAUGAGGAGAAGGCCCGGAUACUGGAGCAAGCCAGGCAAAGAGCUCUUUCCAGUGCCUGGGCCAGAGAACAACAGAGAGUACGAGAUGGAGAGGAAGGCGCCAGGUUGUGGACAGAAGGAGAAAAGAGGCAGUUGCUAAGUGCUGGAAAGGUACAAGGAUACGAUGGGUACUAUGUACUCUCUGUGGAGCAAUAUCCAGAAUUAGCAGACAGCGCUAACAAUAUACAGUUUCUCAGACAAAGUGAGAUAGGAAAGAGGUAA